AUGACAAAGGUGUCAUCGAUCAUGCGCAAACUCUUCCGUAAAGAUGAUGAAAGCGACCGUGGACUGCAACUUCGACUCCGAAAAGCUGUAGCCGGCGGCAAAGCUCGAAAAGUGGCAGUGUUGCUGGAGAAAGGUGCAUGUCCGAUUUGGAUGGAUGACGAAACACACGGUCGUCAACGAUUUCACCGCCGUCACUCGGACGCGUGUCAACUCAAUGCGCUAUUGUUAGCCUGUCGCCACGGUGACGGUGACGUGGAGGUACUCAGUCUACUACUAGACGCGUUUUUCGACGAGCCGCAAGUGCUGGCCCACUUCAGUCGCGCAAUGUACUGCCUCGUGAUCCGUCAUGGUCACUGGAACGCUUUCCAGCGACUGCAACAACGUCGGGUACCACUAAGCUCAGCGACGUCUAGGUCAUCGACCGGAUCAACCGAAUCGCUAACUUCCGACGCAUCAAGUCGCCUUCUGUCUGCUGCAGCAAUGGAGCACUCGAGUUCCAAACUGCCGAUGCCCAUCUUCGUGGCUGCAGAGCACGGCCGCCACCACAUCUUGAGCUUCUUGUUGGAUCACUACCCUCAUGUCUGGGCUCACUACACCUUUGAAGGAUACUCGCUACUGACGGUGGCAACCAUAAACGGACACUAUGACUGCGUCAGCGUCUUGCUAGAACGUCAAGUAGCUACUCGAAGAACGAUUGACGCUGCUGUAGCGGCAGCACGGCGCCAUCGCCAGGCCCACGUCCUAGUAUUGCUAACUAGUAAACUGCCAGAAUUCGCAUCUGACUCGGAACCUGUGUACAAGCGUUCGGAAGACCUGCGACGGAGCAACAACGUCAGCGACUGGAGUUGUCACCCGUUGAAAUCGUCCUGCUGCUCUGCACUACUUCGAGGCCGCGGAUCGAUCGCAGAGACCGUGGCAAGCGAUCUCGAUGAUGAAGGCAGACGCAGCAGUCUCCUGAGCAUUAGCUCGCCUAUCAACUACAACCAAGGCUCGGACCAUGUCGAGGACAUGCGCAUUCGAGCAAAGAUGGAGCGCGAACAGCAGCACAUGCGUAUGACGUGGCUCCUUGAUGGACGCGAGGCAGCUCAAGAUAAACUACAAGGCUACGUGGAUCCCUACAGACUGAGUGCAGACAGUUUCCGAGUCCUUAAGUCGGCGCGCGAUGCUGCCCCUGGCUCGAACAGCAGCUGCAGUUCGUACCAGGAAGAUGACUCGUGGUACGCUGUCAAGUCGGAUGACAGAGGCCAGCAGCAGCAGCACGGCGAUCUAUUGAUAAGCGAUGAAGAGGAGGAGGUGGAAAGCUACUACGAGUCAAUGUUUUCGGUUCACGAAGAUGAAGUGAACUACAUGUCCGAUGAGCUGUCUUCGUUGUAUGAAGAAGGUCACAAGCCAGUGACAACAUCUCAGCCCCUAAUUGUGCGAUCAGCUAAGCCACGUCAGAUCAUCAGUGUCCGCAGCCAUAGGGUGCCAAACCAACUGUUGACGGCUAUUGAAGAAAACUCCGCUGGAGAGACCGAGUCGUAG